CGCGCUUCGGGGCAGGCCGUCAAAAAAACCAUCGCCGAGGAAAGAGCGAGCGCGCUUUGCGUGGCUGCACAUCGCCGCGGAGGAAGCACAACCAGCACCCACCCAUCUCCCCCACCCCACUCCCAACAACCGAGCAGCGCCAAACCCCCAUCAAGAGUCAAGAAGAGCCCCGUCGACGAGUCUCUCUCCACUGCAGCCCCACUGAUCCUCAUCGUCGGUCGUCACCGCUGACAGAAUCCACGCACGCCUCGAGAAGCUGUUCAAAGGCCGCGCACGUCUUCGUCUGACUUGGACGUCGUAGAACACGCAUACACAAACACAUACUCAAAAAAACAGAGAGGCCUUGACAAUGGCUUUGGCAAGGAACCUGGUCUUAGCGUUGUCCCUGUUCGUGGUCGGGCCGUGGGCAUCAGUGACGGCGGUCGGCGCGGGCCUCUCCGACGCUCCGGCCGUCAGGCUCUGCGGACGACGGCUGGCGGACCUCGUGUGGAUGAUCUGCAUGGACCGAGGCGGCGUUCACAGCCACAUGGACCGGCGAGCCCUGAGCACGGUGCGGAGGCCGUUCAUCAUCUACAGGCCCUCGCCAGCGCGUCGGGAUGGCGGCGUCCAGGGCGGAGCCGGCGACGAAGACCGCAGCACCUCUGCCGAGGCGGUCGCCACCACGACGGCACCGGAGCCGGCCGUGAACUCCGCGAGGUACCACAGCUCUCGCGGGCAGUACUCGAGCGGCGGCGGCAUAGUGGAAGAAUGCUGCCGCAAGCCGUGCAGCUUCUUGACGUUGGCCAGCUAUUGCGCCAGGCCGUCGGAUGGCGCCAGCCUCGACGCCUUCAAUCUAGUCGCCUCCUCGGGCUCCUCUUCAGCUUCUGCGGCGUCGUCUUCGGGUUCGUCCGAGAGCGGCAUGCAGCGCGACCAGCAGGAACCAUCGCCUCUAAUCCAGCAGAGCCCCGAGCCGUCGACGACGAUGACGCCGCCUCGCGUCGUUUCCUCAUCACGACUCCAGACGGCGCACGAGAUCAACAGGGAGCAUAACGAGGUCGACAACGCUAGUCCACACAGGCGCCCUGGCACAGGGUCGCGGCACACGACGGGCCGCGCCCUGCUCCCGAGCAUGCCGUUCCUGACGUCACCAGAGGACGACACCCCAUUUGCGACCAGGCCGCGCAUUGGAACCUUCAGUCGGCACCGACCCUACUGGUACGUCGUGCAGGCGGCAUUCAACGAGGACGCAGAAGAUGAACGUUAGGACGCCUAGGCACUCGACAACGGGCCCCUCGAAUACGGCCGGCUAAGAAACGACCGUGGCAAACUUCCCGUGGAAAACCUACCUCCUGGCAAAGGCAUCUCUCGGAGCGCCGCCUUCUUUUGGCCUCCUUCAAAAGACUCGCCAGAGCUUCGGCUGUCUGCUGCAACUGUGUGUGCGCUGCUCCCAACUUUCGGUUCCUCAUUUCGUGCCUAUGUCCUUAUACUGAGGUUUUGCCACUGCUCCACUCAUGGAGCGAGCUCGUAAAUGAGUGCAGUCCUUGAUCAUGGAGCAAGAGCAUGAAGGAGCAGGAACUCUCAACCGACACCGGUGAACAACCAUAAUGUCACAAGGAAGAGAAGAAGUAUGAAGCUGCUGAGAGAGACAUCUAAUGGCAUAGAUUGUUGCCCGAUUGCUGUGGCGAUCCAAAGCAAUGGUUGUUUACACUCAGGGUAACUCCAGCGUUCUGGGCCCUGAGCAUUCCAUAGCAGAUGUGACGUGUGAUCCCAGAUCAGAUGACCUGCUUCUGAAUGCUUCUUGCACCAAGUCAAUGGCAUUGUACAGACGUGAGCAGCCUUGUCUAGAACGGCGGCUUCCGAGGCUCCGGAGAGCCCCGGAAGCCACCGUUCCCACAUUCGAGACAAGGUUGCUCACGUCUGUACGUCUGUACAUUCUACAAAAACACUCAGGUGAACAUGAUUACGUCUUGUUUUAGUGAAAUUUAACAUAUUGAACACGUAUUGCAGCCGAACUGGCUCAUUGAGCUCUAUUGUUUUAUGUCAUGACUGUGAAAUGUGACUAAGCACAUGGAAGUGAAGGAUUAAAAAAAAAGCUAACUUCGCUCCAUAGACUUCAGUGACACUAAAUUUUAUUUAGCUGCAUUUCCUAGCAAGGAUCUCUGCAUAUGAUAUGCACCUGGCAUUUUGAUGUGAUGGGACUGCAUUAUAGUGUGUCUUGCUACCAUAUAUUAUAUGGCAUCUUCAUCCACAUUUCUAUUGUUGCUACCAUAAGGACUUCAAGAAACUGUACUGUCCUUCACUGUUCCACACAUGAGCUGGAGCUCAAGUACCAGUAAAAGAAGCUUGACCACAUCAGCAUACCUCAUUCACGUGCACAAACCUGGAAUCUAGUGCAUGAAAUGGAGCUUGCUGGACUGUUCUUUACAAACCAUGCCCUUGCCAAUGCAUGCAGGCUGAUGCUCCACUCCAGUGGGCAUGAGCAAUACAUUUGUACUUGCAGAAGGGUAGACCCCUCUGCAAAUACAAAUGUAGAAAAACUUUCACCAUGUUCAUUUAAAGCAAAAUUUGUUUUGAUGGAGGCUAACAUAAAAUAAAAUGGUUCUGCAACCUAGAAAGUUCAUUUCUGGUUAGCAAGCAUCACAGGCUUCAUCUGACAUAGAUAUCGCAUUCUUCAAAACCUGAACUUUCAGGUGGAAGAGCCAAAGCCACAUUACAAUGGUGGGCUUCAUUAAAAGAUCUUUCACUUUUUUUGUUUUGGAGGCACUUACAAUAUUGUGACGCCAACAGAAAUAAUAGUCAAGAAGCGUGUUCUGCUAACGGCAUAGAUGAAAGAGCAUUGACAACUGUACGGCAUGCACAGGCUGCACUGCUUUUUUGUUUUGUCUAUGUUUAUGCAGUAACCUUGUUUAUGAAUAUACUUGUGGUUCUGUCCAUUUUCAUACGGUAGGUGCGUAAUCACACGAGUCCAUUUUUACUUUGUUACCACGGAUGCUAGCUACCAUCUACAACUAGUAGACUUGCUUCAGCGAGUCAUACAUAAUUGUUUCAUCAUUUGGCUUUAGGCAUCCCAUAUUAUUUAAGGCUCAUUAGUACUGCUAUCAACCAUGUCAUCAAACUGAAAUUGAUAUGAACUGUGCAAGAUUUGAUUCCACACUUUGUUACAGCUUUCACAUUUGCUUGUAGCUGUCCUCUACAUAAAGCUAACUCCUUUGUGUAUCAUCACUGCUUUUGGCAUACCUCCAUGCCGAAUGGAAAGCAGUCUUCUUGCAGACAGGAAGAGUGCCCAAACCGCUCUUUCCUGUUAUCUAGUCGAGCAGCUGCAGCCGAUAUCUUUGAGGGAGGCCAAUAAACCGCUCCCUAUCGUGCCAUUCAAGUUUUAUUUAUUCAGGAAAAGAAAAAUGUCCCUCAUGCCAUCGCCCCACCAUUCCCCAUUCCUAAGCACUUUUCCCCUGCUUUGCUAUCACACGCAUUUUGCUGUGCAUCAGAAUCGGCAUGUUGCUGUACAUACAAAACAAUGACGAUAUGAUCUCGCUUUAAGGCUUAUACUUGUUGUGAAAACAACAGUUGCCUUGGCAAAUGACCAUGGGUUGUUGGAUAUGAUGAACCUGUCUUCGUGCCAUUUGUAUACCCUGUGUCACACGUUGCUGUUCAAACAUUCUGAGAGUCUCGAAGAAAUUUGUCUAUUUAAUCAAAAUAGUGACAGCCCUGCGAUGUUGUGCCGUCUGCUACGGAAAUGCCCCGACACUUGAGCAGCUGUUUUGCAAAGGGUAGUCUGGGGUUCUCUGUGAAGUGCAGACAAGACAGGAAUGUGGAAACAGACGUCAAUGCUGACAUCUGCCAGCUUCGUUUUGUUUGUCAUCUGCACUGUACAAAAACACUAUGGUUUACCAGCUAGUCUAUCUUGAUGUAAAGGAAACUGGAAAUUCACUUUAAAGUAUGAAACAAAAAAAAAUGACCCACAAGGCAUGCGAACUUGUUUGAACAUGAAUGUUUGUUUUUUAGCUAAAUUCUGAAAGGUAUGACGUCAUCACACACACAGGUAAUACUACUUCAUAUUGUUGAACUUUGGCAGUUAUGUAUUAAGUGUACUAGUAAGAACAAGAGGAGAAUGCUCUUGUGCAAACAGAGAGCCACAAUCUGUUCUUCAGUACUGGCCGUUCGUAGUAUUAUGCAGGAAAAUGGCAAAACCUGUUUUGCAGUCAUUCAGAUAAUGCGCGAUGCAGUAUAACUUACUAGAGGCAUGUUUUGAAUUCAAUUUCCUGCAACUCUCAAUCGCCAAAUGUGAUUAUUCUUUACCAUAAAAAUUUUUUUGGCCCUCACUAAUGCCUUUGAAUGUGCACUGCUCCAGGAACAGCUGAAUGUGCGAAUAGGUGCUUCUGCAUUCAGAAGCUGCCUUCAAUGAAUUCAACAUCGGAGUGCAAUAAACGACACGCGAAAUUGUGUAAGCAGGCUUUCCCACAUCUAUUUUGGCUUAAACAAAAUGGUCGACCUCUCAGUCUCUUCAAUUUGUCAUCCGGGGCAUAGCCUCCUAUAUACACUAUGUGCCUACUGGAUCACUAAAAACUGUCUAUGGAAGCGCCACUUACGUAGGGUUAAAGUAAGGAUAUUUUGGGCAGGGUAAGGACAAACCUUGUCAUCGCCCUAUAAGGUACCUUAAGCAGUGAAAGGGAAAAGUUAUCCGUACUCUAAAAACAAUACUAGUGUUCCUGUGUGGCGAUAGUAGACGUAGCAGACGAUUUCAUUUCGAAAAGCAACUACAAACACGAAAUUCAUACUUCACUCGUUCCUAUGACUCUCUUAUCGAUGCCCAUGCUCUUUUUUUUUGUCAGCAGCGAACAGGAGAAAUGUAAAAAGUGCGCUUGAGACAACCCUAAGUGGCGUCACUGUCACAUUUCUAACGAUGGCUGCUUUCUAUAGGAUCGCAAAUGAUCCGGCAGGCUCGGAAUAUACAGGAGGCUAUGUCCAGGGCUGCAUAGCACUGCCCGAAGCACUGCUUGUAGCCAAUAAGCAUAGGCGUGCGCACCACCGUCUUGGGCAGUCCUGGGACAAGAUAUUGAAGAGACCCAUCGUUAAACCUAGACAGAUUGAGUAAGGAAUGAAUGGUAACAACGAUGGUGGCGUCAGCAGCCAUCAGUUCAUACAUUGACACCUUGUUUGUGAUUCUAGCCCGAGGUUCGCGACCUUUCUUAGGUGAGACAAUGUUUGUGUAGAAGUGGCAAGCAGAUUUUGCACUUUCUUUAUUGUUUACUGUUUUAGUGCAGAACUAUAGUAACGAAUUCGGCAGCAGAUAGGAUAAAAGCAUAUUGUCAUUCUGUAUUAACAGCAGAGAGCUUCCAUUAGAGAUGUAUUUGAUAGUGUGAAAUUUACAGGGCGUGACAGUAUGAAAGGGAACAGCUAAUUAGUACUUGAGCAAUGAUUACUGUGGGAGUGUUACCUCACUCAAUGAAUCAAUACCUGAAUGAAUCUGCAUCUAAGCAAAUCAGUUGCUUCCUUUCAUAUUGGUCUCUGCUGUACACCUAUAUUUGUGUGCAUUGGUUAUUGAUAAUUUAGUAAACCAAAUGUUUAAACCAAAUGCAGCAAACCAAAGACACUAGCCAACCUUGGCAAAAGAAAACUUUAAAAAAAUCAGAAUUGCCCUUUAUGACAGCUCUCUUGUGAACAAAAAAAAGCUACAGUGCACAUAUAACACUGGUGCUCCGUACAGUAUAGCAAUUUGUGCAUUUGUAUCUAUUAAGGAGGGGAGCACCCAAAAACUUCAGACCAUCUGCUAAGGUGCUGCUACUGCUGUCCAAAGUGUGUACACUAAUUUGCAACAUUUGCAUUCAUCUCAGAGUGGCUUGCACAGUGAGAUAACGUCGUUGCGAGAAAGUACACUUCGUCAGAAGCAAGGCCCUGUGCCAACUUAGUUCCAAGUCUACUGCCUCCUGUCCUAGAGAAAUACCCGCCCAAAUAUGCCAUUUUUUUGAUGUGCACGCUAUGUAUAAAGUGAUUCUGUUGUAAAAUAAAGCAUCUUCUUUUUU